AAUAAGGUGAGUGAGGUGUCCUUGGAUAGCCUGUGAAGUCUAGUAUCUCAAUCGAGUGGCCUUUGUUCGAGUAGAGAGAGUAAUCAUCCAAAAAUCGAUCUGGAACGAGCAGUGGUCUGUGAACUCGAGCUGUGAGAGUGCUGAGACUGUUUGGUUGAUAUAUCGAGUUUUACCAAUCCAAUCAAGGCGUGUGAGAUACCAAAAGAAAGCUCUCAAGACGAGGAAUCCGUGAAGGUCUGGUUUGCAUCAAUCGGAGUAGAGGAAGGCUUCCAAAUCGUCCGAGCAGAACGCGACCUCGCAGGGACAGAUUUACUCAUCUAAGAAACGAGUUAGCCGGAAAACACCCAUUCUAGGGGCUGUUUUCGUACCAACGUUUAGAGGUUGAGCUAGCACCUUGAAGAGGCUGUUUAACACUCAUAUUUGAGCAAGGAAUCAGUUCCAAAUCCACCUUGACCGAAGCUUUGACCAUUGAACCAAGAAGGGAAAGUUUAAAGCUCAAUUGAGGUUGAGGCUAGAGCUUGCUUCCUGUGCUCGUUGCUCGAGAGAUCAUAUAGGAGGGAAGACUUGGUUCGUGCUUCCUCCAUUCUGUUUUUAAACCUUCCUAAACGUGCUCAUGGAUAUUUUACUAUGGAGCCUGCGUGCUCAUGAAAUGCCUUGUGUGGCCUUUUGUUUUAAACAAUGUUUCCGCUGCGUUAUGAAUUACUUAUUAUGUUUGUUUAUGGAUGUAUAUGUGUGAAUGAUAUUCAAGACGCCUUGUAUAAUAUGAAUGUGUUGGACUGCGGUUGACUAUUCGUAUUGUACGGCGGGUUGUUGACGUGUCCGGAUAGGUCCGGGGCGUGACAAUUAAGUUGGUAUCAGAGCCUUAGUCCGUAAACUUCAUAAUGAAGUCUCAAAAUCCUCUUUUUGAAAAGAUUUUGAAAACCAUGAGCAUAGAAGUUUUGUACUUGGAGAGCUUUUGGUACUUGGGUUGCAAGGUCUCUAAUUGUUAAGAUGGUACCCUUAGCAAUUGGUAUGGCGGUGACUCGAGCCAAAAUGUGUCUUAAGUACCUAUCCGUCAAUUGACAUUUGAUACGAGUCUAACGACUCUUUCCAAAUUUCUUUCAGAAAUGGACCGUGGUGGCAAGGUAACUAGGAGGAACCCUUUGGGCCGUGCACCCGAGGAGACUGGGCAAGGCAGUCGUAGGACCUCUAGGGCAUCUAGAGGAGCGGGCCGUGGAGGCCAAUCACGGACCGUGAGUGACGGUCAUGUGAGCACCGAAAGUGACAGCUACUGGUCCUAUGAGGACUCGACCUAUCGGCCGGAAACAGAGCCGGUUGAAACCCCUUAUGAAGGGGAUGAUGAUGAUGUAAGUGAUGAGGAGGACAACGGCUCCUUAGCGCGGAUUGAGGCACUACUCCAACAAUAUCACCGUGAGCGUGAAGAGAGGAGGGAACGCCGAAGGCGCCGGGCUGGGCAACCUUCAGGCAUGGCUUCACGAGGAGGAAGUCAUGGUGCAUCUAGAGUCCAUGUGGAACCACGUGGAGGCCAAAAUGAUGGAGGUCCAACCAUAAGGAUCUCCAAAUACAUCAAAGAAGCAAGAGAUUUGGGGUGCAAACCCUUUGAUGGAGCAGGGGAUAUUUCAGUGGCAGCACAAUGGAUCAAGAGGCUAAAUGAAGCGGCCCUUGACAUGCAAAUCGCGCCGAAUCUCAAACUGAGAAUUGCGGUAAGAUUGCUCGAGGGGAUGGCAUCCAAGUGGUGGGAUGGAACCAAGAACAAGUACGGUGAGACCGUCGUUUGGGAGGACUUCCAACGGGAGUUCUUUGCCCAAUACUAUUCUGAUUUCGAGGUGAAUAAGAAGGUGAGGGAAUACACCCUCCUAACCCAAGGGGGUAACAUGUCAGUGAAGGAGCUUGAGUACAAGUUCCGGGAUCUCGCCGACUACAUACCGGAGUAUGCUUGUGACGAGAACCGCAUGGUGAACCACUUUUGGGACGCUCUUGACUUGGAGAUACGUGAUAGGGCAACGCAAUUGCCUAAUAUGACUUUCGCCCAAGUGGUUGAACAAGCAUUGAAAGGGGAGAAACAGUGGGAGGAACGGAAGAAGAGAGACGCCGAAGAGGCGAAAAAGAGAAACUGGGAGAGUCAUGGCUCCCAAGGUUCCAACAAAAGGGGGAACCACGGAGGAGGAUCUUUCCGGGCACCACCGCCACCAUCAAGGGGGAACUAAGGCCCAAGUGGGCAAGGCUCGAGGUCACAGACCUCAGUGGUAACUCGUUGCAACAAUUGCAAGAGGAACCAUUCCGGUAAAUGUCGCGACCCCCCUAGAUGUUUCCAAUGUGGGGAUGCCGGGCAUUUGAAGGCACAUUGCCCACAACUGGGCGGGGCAAGGACAUCGGGACCAAGUAGUGGCCCGACGGGUACACGGAAUCAGACCGGGGCUUCUCAAGCAAGCAGGGGGCAAGGGGGAGCAAGUGCGAGCAACGCGCCAUCCGUGAACCUAGGGAGGACCCAGGCUAGGGUCUAUGCGAUGACGGAGGCGGAUGCUCAAGCUAACCCGGACUCCGUUGCAGGUUGAGGCUAGAGCUUGCUUCCUGUGCUCGUUGCUCGAGAGAUCAUAUAGGAGGGAAGACUUGGUUCGUGCUUCCUCCAUUCUGUUUUUAAACCUUCCUAAACGUGCUCAUGGAUAUUUUACUAUGGAGCCUGUGUGCUCAUGAAAUGCCUUGUGUGGCCUUUUGUUUUAAACAAUGUUUCCGCUGCGUUAUGAAUUACUUAUUAUGUUUGUUUAUGGAUGUAUAUGUGUGAAUGAUAUUCAAG